AUGAAGUUUUAUAUUUUGGUCUCACUAGCUGCCACAGCAAUCGCGUUUCCUUCACAGGUGAUACCGUUCGAUUCUAUGGAGAAAAAAACUAUCAACUCCGCAAGCAGUGAAGAAUCAUUGGCAACGCAAUACGAUCGUUAUAAUCCAGAUAACUACCAGAAUGGCUUAAGCAAUGGACAGCUGUUUCCCAGCAAUGCCUUUAGCGCUCAAUAUGGAGAAUUCCUAGGCAACCAAGGACAAGGCUCCCAGUUUGGAAACCAGCAAGGUUAUGGUUACCCCAGAGGAUUCCAGCAGAAUGGAGGCCGUCGCUUUGGACAGCAACAGAACGGUAACAGGCGGGGUUGGGGACAACUGCAAAAUGGAGGAAACCCACAGUUUGGAAAUCAGAAUGGAAAUAACCAACAGUUGGGACCACAGCAACAAAAUGGAGGAUAUCCCCAGUUCGGAAAUCAGCAAAAUCAGCAAUCAGCUUACCCAUUCAGCCAAUUUGGACAAAAUGGAGGAGGAUUUUUCAACCCCAGAGAAGGACAGGCAUUGGAGGGUGGAUUAUUCCAAGGGUUGCAGAACAGAGGUUAUCCUAUAGAACAAGGAGCGGUAAGCGGUAGCUUCCCAGGAAAUGAUGGACAACCACAGCAGAAUCAGGAAUUCAACCAGUUUCCAUUCGGUGGCCAGCUGCAACAGAGCGGUUUUGCAUCGAGUAAUAAGGUCUAA